AUGGAGGGCAGAGGUGAAAAAACGUCUCCGGUGGCUCGGGAGGUGGCGCAGUCGCCCUCAGCGAUGCACCGACCGAUGCAGAGUAUCCUCAGGGUGGACACCUACCAGUCGCGCGUCCACCGAGUCACUUCGCCGCGGCUGUUGGCAUCGCAGGUCGAGCCAUCGUCGCCUCAGCCGUCGGUCGACAGGUUGUCGGUCACCUUCGCCAUAGCCGAGCGAAGCUGCAGCAGCGACGGCCAGGAGGCGACCUCCCCCCCACCAGGGCUGCCCCUGGCCAGUCCAACGAGUCCGAACUUUGACUUCAACGGUCAGCCCCGCAAGCGUAUCGACACCAUCGACUCUGGCAGUACCGGGAAACCUGACGGGCAUCGGCUUGCCACCCCGGAAAGCGAAGAGGCGGCGGAUGCGGACUACUCGGUAUCGGCGAGCGCGAUCAUCCAGAGGCGCAACUCGUUGCGCCGGCCCAGUCGGAGGAGGCGCCGGCCCUCCUCGCCCUUCAGUCCCGACUACGAGGGCGCGCUCGCCAGGCGACGCCGCUCCUCCGUUUACACCACCAGCUCCGGCGAUACUGCCAUAUCGAUGAUGGACGUGGAGAUGAUGCAGGUCAACCAGGAGGAGCAGAUCUCGAUGAACCUGAAGAUACACAAGGACGUGCUGAGCGGGGCCAAGUCCCAUCCCUGGCCGUUGUGCAAGAAACUCAGGCUUAUCAGGCAGGCCAAGAGCUACAUAAGGAAGCACGAGGGCGAGCUACAGGAACGGCUCGCCCAGACGCGCAGUACCAAGGACUACGUUGCUCGUACCAAGCUGCUGUUCUCCAAGAAGUGGCAGUACUUCAAACGAGAAGUGGUGAACUUUAAAACGGUCCUCGUGCCCUGGGAGAGCACGAUCAAGCACAUAGAGUCCCAGUUCGGCUCGGCGGUCGCUUCGUACUUUAUCUUCCUGCGCUGGCUCUUUUGGUUCAACUUUGCUAUUUCCUUCCUCCUCGUGGCCUUUGUCGCCAUACCCGAGUUGCUGGCCACCAUGCGAAACACAACGAUACCAGGUGAGCGCAAAAACAUGCUGCCCGAGGAGCUCGAGCGCGCCGCCCAUCCGCGCUCCAUAUGGGAAUUCGAGGGCCACGUCAAGUACUCGCCUUUUUUUUACGGCUGGUACUCGGACAGGUACAAGAACAGCACCUACAACCAGCCCCUCACCUACUUUGUCGUACAAAUCAUCGUCUACACGUACAGCUUCGUGGCCAUUUUGCGCAAAAUGGCCGAGAACUCGCGGAUGAGCAAACUCUCGGAGAAGGAGGACGAGUGCGCGUUCUCGUGGAAGCUCUUCACAAGCUGGGAUUUCAUGAUCGGUAACGCGGAGACGGCCCAAAACCGGAUCGGCAACAUCGUACUCGGCUUCAAGGAGGCCCUCGUCGAGGAGUCGGAGAAACAACGAGUCGCGCGCAACUGGAAAAUCGCGAGCAUAAGGGUCCUGGUGAACGUCGUGGUGUUUCUGAUGCUCCUCGUGUCUGCCUACGUCGUCGUCGAGAUAGUCGAUCGCAGCGAAAACAGUCACGAGGCCAAUCUCAACUGGUUCGCCCAGAAUCAAGUGAGCAUCGUCCUCGGACUGAUCACCUACGUCUUCCCCAUUGCUUUCGAGAUCCUAGGUAUGAUCGAGAGCUAUCACCCGCGCAAACAGCUCAGGUUCCAACUAUUCCGCAUCAUGAUCCUCAACUUGCUCAACAUGUACUCCCUGAUUUACGCGCUCUUCAAAAAAAUCAACUCUUCGGAAGUAGAGCUCCAGAGUUUGAAGCCUAAGGUAAGCUCGAGCACGACGAGCACGUGCUACAGGAAGCUCGUGCAGUGCGAGCCGAGUGUCCUGGCCACGUCGGCGUUGGCCGUGAUGAGCCUCGUCCUACAGCCCAACGUGUCAUCCAUCCCAAAAUCACCAAACGCCACGACAAACCAGUCCGAACUGGGUCUCAGCGAGGCUUACCCGACGUACGACUCCCCGAAGACGUUCGGCCUGGACGUGAACGACAUAUACUCCCUCCUGGGCGACGACGAGGACAGCGAGGGCCCAAAGAACUACAUCGACUGGGAGAACAACGUGGUCUGGAGUUCGCUGAGCGUGGAAAACGACACCGCUAACGCGACGGAGGGGAUGAGCAGCUCUUACGGUCCACCGAGGGCGGAGGACGGCUAUCCCCACGUGGACUACGAUUACGAGGGCUACUGGGACGAGGACAACCGGACGGAGGGAUCCACCACGGAGCAGCCAGUGACGCCGGGAGUCGAGAGCUCGACUGCGAGGACCAUCACUACCAACGAGCCUCCGACCGUGAGGCCGAUACACGAUGCACAGGCAGCGCCGACCACUGCCAAGGCCGUCCCGUCGACGACGCGGCUGGUGGGAGAGCCCUGCACCGGGAGGGUCGUCGAGUGCUACGAGCGAGUCUGCUCGAACGAGACUGGGUCGUCGGAGGAGGACUACUUGGUGUCGAGGGCGCCGUUGGACAUGACCACGCGACGGAAGCUCAAGAACCUCUGCUGGGAGACGAUGUUUGGCCAGGAGUUGGCCAAGGUCACGGUCGUCGAUCUCGUGCUGACCUUCAUAUCCGUGCUGGCGAUCGACUUUGUUCGGGCGCUCAUGGUGCGCUACUUCAACGAUUUCUGGUGCUGGGACCUCGAGAAGCAGUUUCCCCAAUACGGCGAGUUCAAGAUAGCCGAGAACAUCUUGCAUCUCGUCAACAAUCAAGGGAUGGUGUGGAUGGGGAUUUUCUUCAGUCCGGGCUUGAUCCUCCUGAACCUCGUGAAACUCGUCAUUCUGAUGCAUCUGCGCUCCUGGACCGUCGUCACGUGCAACGUCCCCCACGAAAUUGUCUUUCGGGCCUCGAGGUCAAACAAUUUUUACCUGAGUUUGCUGCUGACGAUGCUGUUUCUGUGUGUGUUGCCGGUCGGCUAUGCCAUCACUUGGGUCGAGCCGUCCUGGCACUGCGGACCAUUUUCCGGUUACAAGAGAAUCUACCAUCUGGCGACAAAAAGUCUGCGAGACGCUUUGCCGACUUACGUGCUCGAAUACAAGAUACUCGACUACAUAGCGUCACCUGGCAUUGUGAUUCCACUGAUUGUCCUGAUGACUUUGGUGAUUUACUAUAUGGUUUCGUUGACGAAUUUGUUGAGGGAGUCAAACAACGACUUGAAGAUUCAACUGAGAAAAGAGCGCACGGAGGAGAGACGCAAGAUGUUCAAGAUAGCCGAGCAGAGACUGGAAUCCAACGACAAGAACAAACAGUACGGCAAGUGGGGGAGCUUGGUGCCCCAGCUGAGCGUAGUUAAACAGGGUAUAAUAAAUCGUUUAUCUGCGCAUACAACAGCCAAAGAGAAUCACGAGAAUCAAAAACAACGUUCAAGCGAUGAUUCCGAGUACGGCGAAAACACGGAAGGUGAGCAAGAGUCCCUUCCCCACGAUCAGCUACCAGCACCUGCAGCACCAGUUACCGAUCUGCCAAAAGACAAAAGCGCGACGACAUCGGUUGAUAGGAAAAAUACGUGCAGGGCAGGACCAUCCCACGAAUGCAGUGGGACCAUUCCUCGAAUACGCAUUAGCGGCGAGGAGGAGCAUGCUGGUGGUGACGAGCCGCUAAACUCGUUGGCCUCUGAACCUACAGACAAGGAUUAA